AUGCAGAACGCAGUAACUCAGCCAAACAUCACUCACACCGCUUCGACCUUUGAUGCUUGGUCUCCAAUGUGUACCUCUACCACCUGUUACUCUUCCGAGGCGAGCCCUUCAGCAGUAUGGGACGAGACAGGAGGACGCCACUACUCCACGCUGAUGCCAGGACUUCUUGCACAAUCGAAUUGUUCGCCCACCGGAGAGACUGAACCCUCGCCAUCAGAAGAACCGGGGUUGAAGAAGAAAAGAGUCAGGGGUCCUCCUGUCAACUGUCCUGUAUGUGACAAGACCUUGGACAAACCAGCCCUUCUGCGCGAACACAUGCGUGAGCAUGGCGAUCAGGUCAAAUGCUCGAGGUGUUACCAGACCUUCCCUGAGGCAGGGAAUCUCGCCAUACACAUGAAGAUGCACGAGGCAGGACCAUACGUAUGCCAAAGCUGUUCCAAAGUGUUUUCCAAGGCAGCAAACUACCGAAGGCACCUCAAGUGUCACGACGAGAACCGCCCGAAGAACAAGUGUCCCAGAGAAGGAUGUGACAAGGAAUACGUGUUUGCAGGUUGCUUGAACCGACACAUCAAAUCGCACUACGAAGACUACAGGUGUGGCGACUGUGACAAACCGUUCAAUCGGGCGGAUUUGAGAGACCGGCACCAAGGCAAGCACUGCCAAAAAGCCCGGGAGCGAAGAGCAGCAGAGGAAUCAUUAUCACUGUCACCUCUGGUUGGACGACCAGAGCCAUCGCUGAACUAUCACCCUCAGAACCUGACGCAACUGCACAUGUCUAUGCAAAUGCAAACACAAGCACGGAAUCUGGUCAUGCACCAGCAAUUCGAGACCGCUACUCAAGGCCCGAUGCCGGAGCACCCAACGCAAGUCCCGAUCUCGACGCCAGCAGCUGUAUUGCAACAAGCCACCGUGCGAAUUGGGCAACAACCCUUUGUCCCUGGGAGCUGGGACGGGGGUCACACAGGGUAUGGCUUUUGA